AUGAAACCGAAGAUGAAAAAUCACUACAGAGCGCAUCAGUUAUCCGUUUGGCUGCGCCUCGUGCCGGAGCUUCAUCGCGCCGGAAUGGAGGAUGUCGAUUCCAGACAUAAUUUGUUUCGUAGCCACAACGAUCCCAGUUUGUACGAUGGUUUUGUGAGACCGGAUCCGCUCAGCAGGAUUAGCGAGGAAUUCAAGAGAAAGAAUCUGAGCACAGAUCCGCCAACCACAACGGAUUACAGCAUUACAACAUGCGUCAGCCUUAUUCAGAGUACCAAUCUUCAGAACGUCCAUAACACCAGCACCGACACUUUGGCUCUAGACGCGGCCGGUUAUGCGGCGUAUUCGACGGCUUUGAGCGUGACAAUAGCAAUCGGCUGCAGUCUACUGAUUCUGAAUGUUCUGAUAUUCGCGGGCGUCUAUUAUCAACGGGAUAAAACGCGACUCGAAGUGAAAAGCCUUCAGCAGCAACAGAUGUUGAAUCAACAAUGUGGUCCUCGCGGUUUCACAGAACUGAAACAACCGCCACCUCCGCAUUCUCAUUUUGCCGGCGGGGGCCAAGUGAUCGUUGACGUUGAGAACGAAAUGUUAAGGAGGAAUGUGAUGAAGGGACCUCCUGGCGAUUCGAGCUCUCCCUUUCAAAGCCAAGGUACUCACACCCUGCCUCAUCAACAUCAUUACCAGAAGCAGCAUCAGCAGCAGCAUGCCACUCUGCCCCGAACUUCCGUCAUUCAAGACAUGAAUCCGCAAAAUCAAGGGCCUCCGAACGGAUCGAUCCACUUGACGGUUCCGCGAGCUCCUCCGCCACCAAGAGCAAAAAGUCCACCGGAGAACCAACCUCUUCUACAGAGUGCAACGGUCUCGAGUCGCGUGUCACAGGCGACGAUGAGCGAGAUGCGAGUGUGAUGCUUGGACCCCCCUCCGAAGCCUGUCGUCCCAGAUGUCCUCACGGCGUCGACCUUGCUUUAGAUGGUCCGCCACGAUUCUCGUUGAAACUGCUUUUGAGAGGAGCUGUUCAUUCAUCAACGAGUUGAUGCAGGAUAUUCUGGGAAACAUGAGCUCCCGAACGGAGGGGGGUGCUGGGAGAGGAGUAGUAUCUCAUUAUUGAGAGAUGAUCGUACCGAGAUUGUGUCUACCAAAUACGGAAGAGGAAGAUCAAUCAAAAUGCAUUAUGUAGCAGAAAGAAAGAGAGAGAAGUGAAGGAUACACAAAUCAAAAGUCAAGAAAAAUAAAAAUUGACGAGGAUAUAUGUGUGAAUCUUGAGUUCCUUUGUUCCUCUGAAAAUAUUAGAAUCUUUUUAAAAAGCAAAACAUUUAAGAGAACGCAGUUCAGUAAAACAAGAUAAUUGGAAUCAAAAGACUUAACAUUUUAACACACAGUUAUUCUUGUACGCAACGUAAAUUAAAAGAUAAAACACAAGUUCAAAAACAAUGCAACAUAAUAUAAUAUGUAAAAGACUUUUUUGAGAAAAAAAACAGAUCUUUAAUUUUGAUAUUUAUCAGCGCUGUGCUCGAAACUUUAUUUACGAUAAUGUCGGUGUGUGGAUAUCGGUAAAUAUUCACCAAGUCAAAAACACGAAAGACGAUAAGAAUCCGAUCGAUUUCCGAGAUCGAACCUCGAUCGUAACCUCAAUCAAAUUCCGCGCGAGGAAAUCAAAUGCGAUUUAUUCCGCUGUAGUUAGUGUUGAGAAAAGAAGAAUGUGUUUAGAAUCACAUUAAAGGAGAUGAAAAAAAAAACAAAAAAAAAAAACAAAAGAACUGACGAAACGGCUCAAUACG